UGUUCAAAGUGCAGUUGUUUGACUUCUAUAGCUGCUGGAUUUGGUGGAUACCUGUUGGGUAAAAUGUCUGUUCCGAGUCAAGUCAAGGAGGAGUUGCUAAAGCAGUGUCCUGAUGGAAUAUUUGCCAGAAUGAAUAAUCAGUUUGAAAAACUUUCACCUGAAGAAAGAAAGGCAUUUGUGUCAGAGUUGUAUGGAAAUGCGAAAAAUAAGCCACAAGGACAGAUAAAUGAGACUUCACCUGGAGUAUCAUCAAUGUCUACAAGAUCAGAGCCAAGCACAGAAACUCGAGAUCCUUUGUUCCUCGGGUCUUCAGGUUCUACAGGAUCUCCACCAGCCCAGCAGCCAGCAAGAGACAGUCAAUCUACAUUUUCUUAUGCUGAACAGAGGUCAAAGUAUAGUAACACUGAAACAGGUAUACCACAGCCUCCUCCGUCUUCUCGGCAACCUGAAUUUUCAUACGCCCAACAGCGAGCAUUAAAUUCCGGAGGCAGUAUACAACCAGUACCAACUAUACAACAAGACACACAGCCACCUCAACCUACAGGAUUAUCAAAUCCACCAGCUGGGACUGGCAAAAAAGUUAAAAGAAACAUAUAUGGAGAUGAAAUGGACUGACGGAAUGUAUUUCUUGCAUCAAGAAUGGUUCCCAUCUCAUGUCUUUUCACUCCCGGAAAGUGGCCACUAUAAAAGUUCUGGUCUGAUCUGUGAUAUAGACCAACAAGGAUUAACAAUAAAUUAUUUGUAUUUUAA